UCCUCCCCGCCUCCCGGCCCCCUUGCCCCCCGCACCAUCCUCUGGGCACAUCUCCAGACACUGAUUUGGCUGCACCAACUUAUGCAGUAGAGCUUUGGGUGAGCGCCUGGAAUUGAGAGGCAGAGUUAAGCAACUCCCAAGCACUCGCUGUCCUCUGAAAAAAACCCCAGAAGCCGUCCUUCCAUCUCUGGAUGUCCAUUAGUCUCAACCUAAACUUGGCUUGAAGGUUCCCAAUUUCAGCUUGCUUUCACAUCUAUACUAUAUAGCACAUUUUCACUGGAAGAGAGCUUGGGGUACACCAGCAUGGCCAAGAUUAGCUUUGGCUUAAUAGCUGGCCGGCUGGUGCUAGGGUUGCUGAUGAGUUCACUAACCGAAUCUUCCAUACAGAGUCACGAAUGCCCACAGCUCUGUGUCUGUGAAAUCAGGCCCUGGUUUACACCACAAUCAACCUACAGAGAAGCGACAACCGUUGACUGCAAUGACCUCCGCUUAACUAAGAUUCCCAGCAACCUUUCAAGCGACACCCAGGUACUUCUCUUACAGAGCAACAACAUUGCCAAAACUCUGGAUGAACUUCAGCAGCUUUUCAACUUAACCGAGUUAGAUUUUUCACAGAAUAAUUUCACUAGCAUCCGAGAUGUGGGGCUUGCAAAUCUAACUCAGCUCACUACUUUACAUUUGGAAGAAAAUCAGAUAACGGAGAUGACUGACUACUGCUUACAGGACCUCAGCAACCUUCAAGAAUUAUACAUCAACCACAACCAGAUCAGCAGCAUUUCUGCCAAUGCAUUUUCCGGCUUGAAAAACCUAUUAAGGCUCCAUCUAAACUCCAACAAAUUAAAGGUUAUUGAUAGUCGCUGGUUCGAUGCUACACCCAACCUUGAAAUCCUUAUGAUUGGGGAAAAUCCAGUCAUUGGAAUUUUAGAUAUGAACUUUAGAUCUCUUUCAAAUUUAAGAAGUUUGGUUUUGGCAGGAAUGUACCUUACUGAUAUUCCUGGAAAUGCCCUAGUGGGCUUGGACAGUCUGGAAAGCCUUUCAUUUUAUGACAACAAAUUGCUCAAAGUUCCACAGCUUGCACUCCGUAGAGUUCCGAAUUUAAAAUUUCUAGAUCUCAACAAAAACCCAAUCCACAAAAUCCAAGAAGGUGACUUCAAAAACAUGCUGAGAUUGAAAGAACUGGGGAUCAAUAACAUGGGGGAGCUGGUGUCCGUGGAUCGUUAUGCCCUAGACAACUUACCCGAACUUACGAAACUAGAAGCCACCAAUAAUCCAAAGUUAUCAUACAUCCAUCGUUUAGCAUUUCGCGAUGUCCCAGCUCUGGAAAGUCUCAUGCUAAACAACAAUGCCUUGAAUGCCAUUUACCAAAAGACAGUAGAAUCUCUUCCAAAUCUGCGGGAAAUCAGUAUUCACAGCAAUCCACUUAGAUGUGAUUGUGUCAUUCACUGGAUAAAUUCCAACAAAACAAAUAUCCGAUUUAUGGAGCCCCUAUCAAUGUUUUGUGCUAUGCCACCAGAAUACAGAGGACAGCAGGUGAAAGAAGUUUUAAUUCAAGAUUCCAGUGAACAGUGCCUCCCUAUGAUCUCCCAUGACACCUUUCCAAAUCACUUGAACCUGGACAUCGGGAUGGCCGUUUUCUUAGAUUGUCGGGCCAUGGCAGAGCCCGAACCAGAGAUUUAUUGGGUAACCCCACUUGGAAACAAGAUCACCGUCGAAACCUUUUCAGAGAAAUACAAGCUAAGCAAUGAAGGGACUCUGGAAAUAGCAAAUAUUCAGGUGGAAGAUUCGGGAAGGUACACCUGUGUAGCUCAAAACAUAGAAGGGGCAGACACCCGUGUUGCUACAAUUAAGGUGAAUGGAACUCUUUUGGAUGGUACCCAGGUGCUGAAAAUCUAUGUGAAACAGACCGAGUCUCAUUCCAUUUUAGUGUCCUGGAAGGUUAAUUCCAAUGUCAUGACUUCCAAUUUAAAAUGGUCAUCUGCCACCAUGAAAAUCGAUAAUCCUCACAUCACCUAUACAGCCAGGGUUCCCGUGGAUGUUCAUGAAUACAAUUUAACUCACUUGCAGCCUUCCACCGACUACGAAGUGUGUCUUACCGUAUCCAACAUCCACCAGCAAACCCAAAAGUCGUGUGUUAACGUGACGACAAAAAGUGCAGCUUUUGCACUCGACAUUUCCGAUCAAGAAACCAGUACUGCCCUGGCAGCAGUCAUGGGAUCCAUGUUUGCAGUUAUUAGUCUGGCUUCCAUUGCCGUAUACAUCGCAAAAAGAUUUAAGAGAAAAAACUACCACCACUCAUUAAAGAAGUAUAUGCAAAAAACCUCUUCAAUUCCACUGAAUGAACUGUAUCCCCCACUGAUCAACCUUUGGGAAGCUGACAGUGAAAAAGAUAAAGAUGGUUCGGCAGAGAGCAAGCCCACCCAAGUCGACACAUCCAGAAGCUAUUACAUGUGGUAACUCAGUGGAUAUUUUGCUUCUGGUAGUAAGGAGCACAAAGACUUUUUUGCUUUAUUCUGCAAAAGUAACAGGUUGAAGACUUUUGUAUUUUUGACUUUGCUAGUCUGUGGCAGAGUGGUGAGGAUGGGUGGAUAUUUCAAAUUUUUUUAGUAUAGCGAAUCGCAAUGGUUUGACACAAAUGGUAGCCUCUCUCAGCUUCCACUUUGUGUUUGGUUGUUUGUUUGUUUUUAAUUACUAUGAUUUGAUUUUAGUUGUUGUGCUAAACUUAAUAAUGCCAUUCUAACUACAGUGCUCAAUAAAACUAUUAAUAACAGGUUGGGGUUACCCUGUGACUUCACCAAUAGCAUGACCCCUUUCUUCUGAAGCCAUCAGUAGAGAGUACAGUGCCCUUCCAAAGCUAACAUUCAGUUUUGAAACUGCAUUGAACCUUUUGUAACAAUCUGGUCUAGAGUUUUAAACUGAGAAGCAAAGACGAGACUUGUUACGUUUGUUGAAUGGUUAGUUGACUGUACUGUAAUGUUGUAUCAACUGAAUUGAAUGUUUUGACUUUGAACAAUGACCUUUUCCUUUUCUUUUUGUAUUAGCUUAGGCCAGGCUAACAGGUAAUAGAAAUAUGUAUAUCAAUUUUUUAAUGUAACAAACUACAUGUUAAUUGUUAUCUUAUCCUUUUUAUUAUAUUUAGUAGAAACUUUUAAAACAAGACAAGAAUUUUGUUGUGCUUAAUCCACCAAUGUGUGGUGUAAAAUGAAGACAGAACUAUAAUAAAAUAGUUUUGUUCUGAUUUUUUUUUUAGAACAGUGGCAAUAACGUAUUAUUUAUAGCCCUUAGUAGGUACAUUGUUAAAUGUUUUUCUCAACAGCAAAAAAACCCCAAGAUGUUCUCGAAGAUUACUUUCUAAAGGUAGCUCUAAAAUGAUUUGAGCAUUUUUCUAAAAAGAGUUAUCUAUUUUAAUGACGUGGUUGAAAUGACAGAGUUUGUUUCUAUAUUUAAAAAUACCAAAAAGAAAGGAAUCAGAAAGAUGUUAUGAGAGAAAAAGCUUUGUCACCGUCACAUGCACAUUCGGACAUGUUUUCAAAAUAGUACCUAGUACAUAAAUAUAUUGAAUGUCACAUUCUCUUUCUGUAUACAUUUUCCUUGCAAGCUACUUUUUAACAUAUCUUUUUUUAAUCAAUCAUCCUGGAAAUUACCUAAUGAAAGGCCACUUAGUAUUUCCUUUGAAAGUAUAAAACAGAGAGACAAUGUACAAAAAUAUUUUGUUAUGUUCUUCCUUUUGAACACAAACAUUCAUUUUCAGGCCGGUGAUUCCGAUCGACAUUUAUCAAACAAGUGAGUAUCCUACAGAUAAAUAAUAUUUUGUAUAGCUGAAAUCUUUUCCCCAAAAUUGUCUCUCAAACACCUAGCCAAAUUAAAUGAUGCAAUUUUAUAGGCAUUAUGUGGUUCAAGUUAAAGAAAGGAAUUCCAAUGUGAAUAAAUUAGGAGAGCUCUCAGCUUUAAGGCCAACAGCAAAGGUAGAAAGGAAUUAAGAGGCAUAGGUAAAGGGGAAGAAAUGCAUUUUAAAAUGUCAAGUGAUGGGACAGGGAAAUAAAGGAAGUCUGUUCCAAAAGGCAGCAGCUACAGAGGACUAUCUCCUCGACUGAGAAUGAUGAGGUCGUGGAAAGGGGCAGAAAGACAAAAUGAGCCAGAUAAGCAGGGAGAAGGAAAGGGGAAAAAGAAAGACAGUGUCCAGGAGGUUAGCUGGAGAAAUUCCCCCAAACAUGCUUAACAUGAAAGGCAAUUUUUUAGAUAGAAAGAUUUGGAACCAAGUGGAAGUAUGAGAAGGCCCGAGCUCUGGAGAUCCCAUGAUUUAAAGUGAUUAAGGUAAAAUCAAGGUCUUCAUGAUGUCAGCACAGAAUCCAAAAUGAUGACAAGAACUAUUCAAAGCUUAGGUGUGAGACGAGAACUAAAGAUUCAGGCACUCCUGCAUAGCCUCAGAAAAGCGUAUCUGCAAAUGGACUGGAGAAUCAAUCCUAUUUCUCCAAAGGAUAAAGGAUUACUUGAAAUCUGAUGUUUCUUUGAGAGGAAACGACUGCUAACUGGUGUGUGUUUGCAGAUGUACUCACAUAUGCUGAUGAAGAAAUGCCCUCAAACCUUUUUCUGCUACAAGCAAAUGUGUCUUCAAGUCUUUUGCCAUCUGUGCUGACAAGUGCCAUCAGUUGGUACAGAAAUGUAAAAGUGAAGCUUUUAGCCUAAUAUUUCUUCUCUGCAAUAUAAUACAAACUGAUAAAUUAGACCUGUAAGGAUUACAUAAUCAGGCGAGGUAUGAAUGGAUAAUUGAGGUAAUGGCACCCUAGACAGUGGUGAUUAUUACCUGUCUACUUCAGAUUUUGUAUUCUCUCUUUCUCCCCCUCCUCAUGCUGAAUAUCCACCUGCUUUGGCAAGGAUAUUCUGGGAGUGCAUCCAACUCCCCCACCAUUUUUCCACCAUACAGUAAUGCAUUUGAUCCCAAAAACCAUUCCACCAGUGUGGCUAGACGAACAACUGUUCUGAGCGCUUGGUGAAAAGGAACAGAUAUCACCAUUCUUUGCCAAUCAAAGCCUUACCAGAGUUCACUUUGGGGAAGCGGGGAAAACAGACUUAAACAUCCGUUCUUUUCUAGGGUCAAAACCACAAGUCUGCUACAUGACAUGCAAUUGCAAACGCCUUUUGACAUCAUUUCAUUCUUUUGCUGCCAUGUCUGCAGCUGGGGCCAAAAGUUUCACCUGAAAAAAUAUUCACGUGGUUACAAACUUUAUCAAUAUUGUGAUCCCUAACAGCAUCUGUUUUUCAAAGUUCUUAAGAAGGGAUUGAGAAUUCCUGAUGCACUGUAUUUGUAUCCUUCACUUCACUUUUUUACUCUCUUCCAUCCUUCUGAGAGCAGAUCGACCAAAAGUUUCUUAGAACAAAUAAUUGAUGUGUGUUUGUGUUGAGAUUGGCAAACUCCUGUCUUUGCCCUGUUUCCCUCACAAACACCAUUUUUGGCUUUUCAAUUACUUUGCAUUCAUUUGAGCAAUCACCGUGAUUCUGUGGGGCUCCUCAUUUUGAUUCCUCCUUUAAAGUUAUUUCUGCUCCAUCCCUUGCUAUUCCUCCUGCACCUACGCAAAGUCAGACAGUUCAGUCACUUAAGUGAAUUUACCAGAUUAUUGCUUUGUUCUUGGGAGUCUGUCCCCUUCAUCCAAUCCUUCUGUACCAGCUCUCUCCCUCAAGCUAAUAUGGGUGCCAAUAACUGAUUCAGUGGGACCCAGAGCGUGUUUGGUGUUGACCCAAAAAUUAAUUUUGAACUCCCCCAAAUUACUUGAGGGAGUAAUAACUUCUAAUAGCAGUACUUCUAAUAACCAUUCUUAUUAGAAAAAACAAAAACAAAAAAUCCCAAACCACUGACAAUCACGAAAAGUGAACCUGAGCCAGAGGUAACAUUUUUUCUUAUAGAAAACCACUGAACAAGGCCAGGUGACACUCAUGUCACAUAGCUGCAGUAGUGACUUGAGGAAUUUUCAGGAAAUAUCUCCAGCAUCCAAGAGCAAAUUGAUGAUUCUUCUCAACCAGCUGCGGAGGUCCUGAAGCUUUGAGAUUAUUUCUAUAUUCCGUUUGGUCACCGGAAACUGAUUCCAUAAUUUGUGGACAUAAUGGUUCUCUUCAUUUCAAAUACUUCUAUCUGGUUUUGGAUGCCUUAUUGUGGAAGUAUAAUAAACAAUACACCUGCUCUCUUU